CUCUGGACACAUUUCAUCCAGCAGUUUGACCAUGCCCUCCCCUUGCAUGGUGGUCCAGGCCUUGAUGGGCGAGCCUCCUCCGAUCUUGCUGUAUUGCUCCUGGAUCUUAGGCGUGCGGCGCUUUGCUAUGAAUGGCCCCAGUGUGCUGUGGAAGGCAGAGACAUCGCACGACUUAGGAGGUGUCAAGAGAGGUGAACCAAAAGGGAUCUUGCGCAAACGUCUUCCACGUCGUUGUGGGAGACCUGCGAGCGGGCCUUUUCUUACUUCUGAACAGGAAGUUUCAUCAAGUCGGUGUCCAGGAAGAGCCGCAAUAGGAAGUCGUGAACGUCUGUGAGUUUUUCAGGACCUCCCAUGUUCAGCAUAAGAAUCCCAGUUUUAGGUUUUCUGCAUUGAGACAAAACACGGCAAUUACUGUGGACGUUUGCAAUUCUGGGAGUCCCUCUUGGGGAAAUAUAUCAAAGACAUCUAAGUUAGCAUCCUGAGAGCUGCCACAUGCAGGAAGAUGAGCGUCCAGGACUCCCCUCACCCUCUUUCUCUCGCACACAAUUUUUCACUAAAACAGAGAACAUGAGCGGAUUUCCCAAAAAGAAGCGGAUGGAUAAGAAAAAGAAAGAACGGACACCGGUGGUAAAAAGCGGGCCACAGGUACUGGCUGAACAAAGACGGUUCCUGGAGAUGCAGAAAAGACAAAAGAAUGCAGAAACGAUGCGUAUAAUUAAAAGGUGGGUUGACCUAAAAAAGAUAUUACAGAAGCCGCCUGAAAAGAAGCUGGAAGAGAUAAGGGAGGCAGAGAAAAGGCUGGCAGAAGACAGGCUGGACAUGCAGAGGCAGGAGAGGUGGAGAGAGUGGAUGCAGAAGGAGCGAGAGCUGUGGAAAGCAGAGCAGAGACGGAAAGAGCAGGAGCUCAACUCCUCCAAGAAGAAACUUGAAGGUCUGCAGGAGACCAAGACACCUCACACACAGGUGGUUAAGUCUCUUACCAUCAUGGAGGAGUUGAAGAUGAUGGACGAACUGCUUGAAGAGACAGCGGAUAUCAAAGUUCCAUCAAUGUCUCCCAUCCAUCAGCCAGCCUCCCCAACCCCCACACGCCUCCCACUGGGUAAAGAUGGAGUAUUCUUGGGCCUCACCACCACCAAACCCCUGGAAGCUCAGGCCAGGCACCCCCACAGGGUCAAGGAUCCCACCAGCACACCUCUUCCCAAGGACACUCCAAUCUACACCCACCCCUUGGCCAACCAGGAGGAAGGAUUAGAGAGUGAACUGGCUAGGAUGCAAGUUCUGGAGGCAUCUGUUGAGGAGGGUUCCAGCAGUGACAUAUUGAAAAUUGAGAAUGAGAUAAAGGCUGAGAAGGGGAAAGCAGCAAAGAAAGAGAGGGAAUUCCUAGAAAAGCAGAAGAAAGCAGAAAAGCUGGCACAGGAGAAGAUGGAGAAGAAGCAGAGGAAGCAGCUGGAGCAGGCAGAAAAAAGAAACAUGGAGAUUCAAAGAAAGCUGGAGAAUGAGAGAUGCAAAAUGAAAGAUCUAGAAAGGAAAGAGAUGCAAAGGUUAGCAGAAGAGCAGAGGAAGGACAUUGAGAAGACAGAAAAGGAAGAGAAAAAGGCGGAAAAAGAAAAACUGGAAAUGAGGUCUUUGCCAAAAUGUGGCUUCUUCGAGAAGAUAAAGAGGGCCUUUCAUUUCCACUGAUAAGAGAGACUUUCCAUCUACGGUAACACCAACCGUGACAAACAUCAGGGAUGCACUCUUUUCUGUCAUCACCAUGUAAGCAAGGGUUUUUGUGUUGCUGACCCUUCCAAACAAGAAAGUUAAACGUCUACACCUUUGCUCAGUCAUUUGGAUCACAGGCACACUUAUCAACUUUUAACAAGCAACUUUCAAAACAACAAGAUCCUUGAUGAACCUUUGGAGGUUUCCUCAAUUUGAAACUGUGGAAAACCUUGAAGAACCUUUAUAGAAGUUGUGUAGUAGUAGUAGUAGUAAUAGUAGUAGUAAUAGUAGUAGU